CGUUCUCUCUUCUUAACUUCUUAACUUUUUUUGAAAUGCGAACCUUGUCGGUAUUCGUGAAUCUUUCCACCUGUAACGGACGUUUUCAAAUCUCGUACGUUUAUCGAAGAUACACUUACGAGAAUGCGUCGAUCGUGAAUUUGUUUCAAUUUGAUUAAUUCCCGAGUAUACGUUUACUCGUAUUACAAAUUAACGUUAUUGAGUGAUGCUUUUCAAUAAUUUUCUGGGAUAUCUGUUCGUCGAUAUGUAGAAGCGUAAAAAUAAGCUCGAUCGCGCUCUGACGUUACAGUGGUGCAUCUUUCACGGAAAUCAAGGUGGAUCCUACACCAUUGUAUGGUGUUUGUAUACGUACGGUACUAUGGAUAAGUAUUUGGACACUUUCAUAUUACAAAAUAUAUUUCAAACAAAACUCAUACAUCUAAUUUUCAUUUUUGAUUUUAUCUCAGGCAAUCGUAUACAGUUGUUAUGUAUAAAUAAAAAAGCACUGAUAAGUGGAUGAAAAUUGCAGAAAAAUACCCGGAUCAAGUGAUGUUUCUCUUUAAUGUUAAAAUCUUAGUGCGAAUAUGUGUUUCUCAUUGCACUCUAGAAGAGUUUAUAUUUUUAAAGAAGAAAUGUCAAUGUUAUUCAUUGCAGCGUGGAUUUUGAAUGACGCAGAUAUAUUUCUUGUUUCAGUUUAAAUUUAGAAGAGCUAUGUUUAAUACCAACUGCAACAAAAAGCAAAGAAACAUUCAAUAUCGACCUUUUGAUCGAAUUCCAAACCAGGUGUCCAAAUACUUACCAAUAUCAAUAGUAUAUACAUACGGUGUAUGCAAUAUUUGACCACGAUUAUUCGAUUUAUAAAUUGAAAUGACAACAUGUUUUAAGACAUAACGAGAUAGAAGGGAGGACAGUUGACUCUGUUACACACUAUACACGAUACUCAGUUAGGAUUACACGCAGUGAGAAUGAAACUGAACUGGCAGAAAAAAACGAAAAAUUUCGAUCGUGCGUUCGUGUCGAAGAGUAUCAUCAGCUUCCGGCUACGUUUUCUGGGUAAUUUGAACGAGUAAUUAAUACGAGGGAGGAAAAGUCGCAGUGGUAAAAUAAUUUCGUAUCAGUGCGGCGCGGCGCAUUUUGAUGUAAUGAGCGAGGACCGACGACGUUAAGGGAAACGAUGAGAAAAUCGCCAUGAUAAGUAGUCGCGGUUCGAUAAGAUUGUUCUCUUGGUCUCUGGUGGAAAAAAAGAAAGAGAAUUCUUUGAACCAACGUUGGGCGGGACAUUCGAGAAAUUGGCUUCCUUUCUUAACAAGUUCUGGUUUAAGGUGUGUGAAAAUGCCGGAUACUAAGGCAAUUGCACAGCUGACAAUCACAUCGUGAGCGGUUGUUCGUUUCGCGGAUCAUCCGGGGGAUAAUGAUUACAGAACAGACCUGGAGCAUGAUGCUGGACAGUGAUGUCGCGGGCAUCAAUGAGUUGAGUAUUUCCCCGAGGAAACAAUUAUGGAUCAAGGCUGUGAAGAAACUAACUUCCGAGAGGCUGGGGAGGGAAGGAUUGGCGGCAUGGGGGAUGGACCGGACGUCCAACAACGAUCCGGAAGUUCCAGACAUCAAUGAAAUAACCGAUCCAGUCGAGGAUGCAGACAUUUCUACCGACCCGGACGUGGUUCUUGCCGAUCAGCCUGUCGAUGCUGAAUCACAAGCGCAGCGAGAUGUUUUCAAGAAAGGCGUGCUCUAUAAGGGAAUAUUUUGUCCAUCGCUCUCGAACAGCUUCCACAGCAAACAGCUCGAGACGUCGUAUCUCCAUUACUCGAAUCGUCAACGACAGAAAUCGUUGAUCAUGCUGAAUAUCGUCGAUCUUAGCUUAAAGAUCAUCCUGAUGGCGAUAUGGCUGUGGAAGAGAGACGAGAACAGCGGCGGUCUGAUCGAGUCGUUGUCUUGGGCGAUUUGCUGUAUGGCAGCGAACUUGGUGGUUUGCGUUCUUGGCUGGUGGCGGUGUUUCUCCAACAAUUAUUUGUAUUGGGCUUCCAUAUUCACUUGGUUACUGAUCAAUUCGCAAGGUUUUAUAGGAGCUGGUCUAGAUUUCUCUAGUCAACAACGUCUCAUGUGGUACAUUUUGUUUGUCGUGUAUGCGCCGUACGCCAUGCUGCCGUUGCCUUUAAGGUGGUGUGUCCUUGCCGGUUACGGGACUGCUUUAACUCACAUGGUGAUGGCGGGAAUAACAUUAUUACGAGAUCCCACAUAUCUGCAUGAUGUCACGUGCAUAGUUCGAAUGCUAACAACCAACGUCCUUCUUUAUCUUGCAAUGAAUCUAGCUGGCAUGUACACUAAGUAUUUGACAGACAGAGGACAGAGACAGGCUUUCCUGGAGACGCACAGAUCCAUGGAGACCCGGCAACGAACGCAAAACGAGAACAACCGACAAGAGAAAUUGCUCCUCUCUGUUUUACCAGAUUUCGUGGCUAAGGAAAUGAUCCGUGAUAUCGCCCGUGAAACUGCACGAGGUGGAACAAUCUCCUUUACACCUAAUCAAUUUCAUAGAAUAUAUAUCCAUCGCUAUGAGAAUGUUAGCAUACUUUUUGCUGACAUCAAAGGCUUCACCGCUUUGGCCAGCCAAUGUAGCGCUCAAGAGCUCGUUAAAGUGUUAAACGACUUGUUUGCUCGUUUCGACAAGCUCUCCGCAGAAAAUCAUUGUUUACGUAUUAAAUUACUUGGAGAUUGUUACUAUUGCGUGUGUGGACUACCGACUCCCAGAAGCGAUCAUGCUCAUUGUUGCGUCGAGAUGGGUUUGCACAUGAUUAAAGCAAUAAGAGAUGUGCGGUACACAACAAAGGUCGAUCUCAACAUGAGAAUAGGAAUUCACAGCGGUUCGGUAUUGUGCGGUGUGCUUGGGCUUCGAAAAUGGCAAUUCGAUGUCUGGUCUUACGACGUAACGUUGGCUAAUCAUCUCGAGAGCGGGGGCAUACCAGGGAGAGUACAUAUUUCAGAAGAUACGUUGAACUGUUUGAACGACGUGUACGAAGUAGAGCCGGGAAACGGUACCGAAAGGGACAAUUACCUGAAGGAGAGGAACGUGGUGACUUAUUUAAUCAAACAGGUAGAACCUCUGAGAUCGAGACGUCGGUAUUCUUCACGACCUAAGAUAUGGUCCGAGGACGACGCGAAUAAAAGUAAAAAGAGCUUCAAGUUGAACAAUCCGUUGGCCGCGAACAGCAGUGCUCCGAAUUCGUCCACUGACGACGACAUUGGCGUGGAUUGGACACCGGAAAUACCAUUCGAAAACUUGAAUACCGCGACCUCGGUCAGCAAUUUGGAGUCGGAAUACCUCGAGGAAGAGAAUGGUUCCGCGAAAAGCACUAAGGUUGCGUCCGCUGCGUCCGCCGAGAAACUGAAGGCCGCAGGUCUUGAAACCGCAAGUAACAAGCGCAUGAGAUUGGCGAACAUAAACGCUUGGACCUUGCGUUACAAUGACGAAAGCCUAGAAUCAAAAUUUGGCCAAUUGCGAGAAGAUAUGUUCAAAUCCAACAUGAUUUGUUGCUUUGUCGUGUGGAUAUUUAUUGCAAUUUGUCAAGCAGUGAUAUUGCCAGAUUGCAUUAUUCUUUUGGGCUCGUUGCUGGCAACGACGCUCAUUUUGGUAUUGUCGUCAAUCCUGGUCAUGGCGGAAGAGUUCAAAACGUUGCCAACAUAUUUGCAACAUGCUUCCUCGAUGUUGGUUCACAACAAGCAGCAUCGAACGAUCUUCAUAUGCAGCGUGAUCAGUUUGAUGGCAUUGACGUCGAUAGUCGGUGUUCUGGCGUGUCCAACGUCGAUUCGACGAUACCCUGAGGCACUGGAGCUACAGCAGCAGCCGUUAGUGAAUCCAACGUUGCAGCCAGAACGGCUGGUGGCACCGACCGACGUUGGUCUCGACCAAUUUAUUUUGACGUUUCUGGAAGCGGCCCUUCACGACGAGCCCACCUCAGAUGAACAGAAAGACGUUUCUUCCAAAGAGAAUCAAACAGCAUCGCGUGGCUCUGACAGCAUGGUUGACGCGGAACUGACGAAGAUCCUCGCCGACAGGGCUGAUCCGGUGAAAGGUCGAAGAAGAAGAGAGUUCUCCAGGGACGAAGACAUGGUCUUGAGGAAAGUACCAUCAACGCCGGAAACGGAACCUCGCGCAGAAUCUAUGUACACGUUGGAUUACGUGGGGGACGACGUAAGUUUAGAGACGACCUGCGUACGACCGGAAUACAUCGUGUUCACGUGGAUCUUGUGCCUGAUUGCGUUGGCCUCUGCGCUGAAAUUGUAUUAUCUAGUGAAGACGGCUCUUGCCACGAUCAUCGUUGCCGUUUACGCGGUGUUGAUUCUCGUGGUCUGCAAGGACUUUUUCUCGAUUCCCGACGAGGAGAAGGAUUCAGUGACGAUACCUCUCUCGGCACAGAUGCUCACGUUUAUGUUAGUAUUCUUGGUGAUGGUCACGUACCACGGCAGAUUGGUAGAAGUGACGUCCAGAUUAGAUUUCCUUUGGAAACAGCAGGCUGAAAGGGAGCUAAGCGACAUGAUUGAAUCACGGCACAAUAACAUGCAGUUGUUGAAGAACAUUUUACCCGAUCACGUAGCUCAUCACUUUUUAACGCAGGAGAGAGCGCCAGAGGAGUUGUAUUCUCAGUCGCGUGACAAAGUUGGAGUGAUGUUCGCCAGUGUGCCAAAUUUCACGGAGUUCUACUCGGAAGACGUUAACAAAGGAAUGGAGUGUAUACGUUUGCUGAAUGAAAUUAUUGCCGAUUUCGACGAACUUCUGGACGAAAAUCGGUUUCAUUGCAUUGAAAAGAUAAAGACAGUCGGAGCAACGUACAUGGCAGCUUCUGGUCUCAAUCCUUGUCAAAAUGACAAAAAUAAGGAUGACAUGGAGCACGUGUGUAGAUUGGUGGAUUAUGCGGUGGCAAUGAGACUUCGUCUUGAGGACGUGAACAUACAUUCGUUUAAUAAUUUUGAUUUAAGGGUAGGCAUUAGUUGUGGCCCGCUGGUAGGCGGUGUGAUCGGUGCCCGUAAGCCUGUAUUCGACAUUUGGGGUAACACAGUGAACUUGGCUUCACGUAUGGAUUCUACAGGCGUUAUGGGGAAGAUACAAGUGCCGCAGGAUAUUGCUAGGUUCUUGGAAUCAAGAGGAUAUCAAACUCAGAAACGGGGACUUAUUGAAGUUAAAGGGAAAGGGGCAAUGGAGACGUAUUUCGUACUGGGCAAGGGAACGCUGCAACAAGAAGGCACGACUAAGCAUAGAACAAGAUGCCGAAGUCUUGCAGCAGUAGUGUAUGGUGUUGUUCAAGCACGUCGUAAGCAAAUGCGAGCACUUAGAAGGACAUAAAUAUCGUAUUCACGUCAGUUUUUCUUUUUGAUUCAUUGGUGCCUAGUUAUGUACAACUUCAAAUUAGCAGUUAACUUAAAUUGUAAGAUAAGACUUAAAAUGAAUGAUCCUAGUAACUCUUUUAUUUUUGAAGAUAAAAGGACAUUUUUUUUUUUUUUUUUUUUUUAGAAAUCAUUUGGUUUAGAGGAAAAAGAUUUCAGUAAAUUCAUAUUUUCUUAUUUCUUUGUCGUUUUAAAUCAUUGAUAACGUUGACUGUUCUAUCGUAUCAUUAUUGAUGAUUAUGUUGCGCAUAUUUCUUGUGGUGACAAUUUUAUUAUCGAGACUGCGAUUAACUUAAAAUCAAAUCACUUAUUUUCAUUAAAUUCAUGUUUGGUAAUUAAUUUAAAUGUUACGUAAAAAUUAAAUCAAAUCUUAUUUUCAUUAAAUUCAUGUUUGGUAAUUAAUUAAUUUAAAUGUUACAGAGUGAUUAAGAAUUAAUUUAAAUGUUGUGUAAAAAUUAUUUCUAAUUAUAGAUAUCGAACGAAAAGUUUAUUCGAGAAAAUUUAAUGCAAUAUAUCAGUCGAAUUUAAUUAAAAAUUAUCGGCUAAAAUAUUUUUUCUUAUUAUAAAUAUAAGAGUUAUUAGAUAAUCCAUUUUAAGUAAUUCAUCUAUUCUUGAAAUUCUAAGGACGACGAGCACUUGUAGUUAACAUAUUACCCAAUACACUUUCUUUUUACUGGAGUGUUGGAUAAGAUGUUAAUUGACGUGUUUUGACAAUUACUUGCUAUUAUUAUUGACUAGGGUUAAUUAAUUUCAUUUCGUAUUUACAAUUAUUAACUUCUUCUGGCAACUCUAUAGGAACAUAAUUUUUACUUUCAUUCUGCAUUCGUGUUGCAUUAUUUAAGAAUACUUUAUAAUGAAUGUAAAAAAUAUUAUUUAUAAAAAAUUAGAAAGUAGCAUGAUCCAUUUCAUUUUAUAAAUGGAUAUAUUUCAAAAAGUAUGUUGAAUUAAAUAUACGAGUAAGAAGAGCAUUAAUAUUAAGAAUAGGAGUAUUAAGAAUAAAUCGUUUAUGCUUUAUUCGUAGUGAAAUUCAUCUAAAAUUUACAUUACUUUUAAUUUUUUAAGUAAAGUUAAUAAAUUCGUUUUAGUAUGUUUCUAGUCAAUAAAACGAACACAGAUGUCACUGAAACAUCUUUGAAAUCGAAAUUUAUUUAUUUAAAAUUUUAACACGAUCUUCUUCAAUGUACAAUGAUUAUGUUUUUAAUUCAUUGUACUUUUUAUUACGUAUCUAUUUAUGCCAAGGUAAAAAUGGAUCAUUUUAUAGACGAUUAAUUUAUUUUUCUUAGCUACAAAUAAAAUCACAUAAAUCGUUUCCAAUGAAUGGAAAUUCUGAUGCAACUUUUGCAUGGAUGAAAGACAGACUUGGCUGUUAAAUCAGUCGAUGCCAAAAAUAGUACCUAUCUAAGCAUUAAGUUUAAAAUUUUAUAUGACACUAUAGGAAUUUUACGAUCAAUUAGUUUCACGUAAUUAAUGAACUCUUAUACAUUCUCAAUUUUCUCUGCUUCUAAUUACACUUCCGUUCUAUAUUUAAUAUAAUUAAACAAAUUCCGAUAUCUGUAAAUAUUAAUUCAAUAUGUGAAAUAAAUGAUAAACUCGAGAAAAUAUGCGAUAAGUUAAAUUAUAAAACGACAUUGUUGAUAUAAUAAUAAAUAAGUUAAUAA